ACCAUCGCUCCCCACCGCUCCACCUUCGUCUUCCCGCUCGAUCCCUUGCUGCAUCGAGGGUCCCUCGAUCAUCAUUGAUCAUUGAGGAGGAUCCAUCGUUGACGACGACGACGAUGCAUGGGCAACUCGUGCCACGGCUCCAUCGUUCCCGCGGCCGGUGACGGCCGCCACCACUACCGCACCAGCUGCAGCAGCUCCGACUGGGACUCCGACUCCUCCCCCGUCCUCGACCGCGCGCCGCACCGCAACACCAUCAUGGGCCGCGGAGCCGGCCACCAGCACCAGCUCUCCUCCCCGACGGCCGUGAUGGGCCACCAAACCCCGCUCCUGCGGGACCUCUACGAUGUCGGCCGCAAGCUCGGCCAGGGCCAGUUCGGCACCACCUACCUCUGCACCGAGAUCUCAACCGGCGUGGACUUCGCCUGCAAGUCCAUCGCCAAGCGCAAGCUGCUCACGCCCGAGGACGUGGAGGACGUGCGGCGCGAGAUCCAGAUCAUGCACCACCUUGCCGGGCACGACAGCGUGGUCACCAUCAAGGGCGCGUACGAGGACGCGCAGUUCGUGCACAUCGUCAUGGAGCUCUGCGAGGGCGGCGAGCUGUUCGACCGCAUCGUCCAGCGCGGCUACUUCUCCGAGCGCCGUGCCGCCGAGAUCGCCCGCGUCAUCGUCGGCGUCGUCGAGGCCUGCCACUCGCUCGGGGUCAUGCACCGCGACCUCAAGCCCGAGAACUUCUUAUUGAAAGACAAGGAAGGUAAUGGUGGUGACAGCAACAACAAUGGCUCCGGCAACAAUGUUAAUGUUAAUGAACCGGCGGGCGACAAGGUCAACCUCAAGGCCAUCGACUUCGGCCUCUCCGUCUUCUUCAAGCCCGGCCAGAUCUUCACCGACGUCGUGGGCAGCCCCUACUACGUCGCGCCCGAGGUGCUCUGCAAGCACUACGGCCCCGAGGCGGACGUCUGGACCGCCGGCGUCAUCGUCUACAUCCUCCUCUCCGGCGUGCCACCCUUCUGGGCCGAGACGCAGCAGGGCAUCUUCGAUGCCGUGCUCAAGGGCGCAAUCGAUUUCGACUCCGACCCGUGGCCCAACAUCUCCGACGGCGCCAAGGACCUCAUCCGGAAGAUGCUCAAGUCGCCGCCGGCGGAGCGGUUCACGGCGCACCAGGUGUUGUGCCACCCAUGGAUCAUCGAGAACGGCGAGGCCCCCGACGCGCCUCUGGACCCUGCUGUGCUCUCUAGGCUCAAGCAGUUCUCGGCCAUGAACCGGUUGAAGAAGAUGGCUUUACGUGUGAUCGCGCGCGGGCUGUCAGAGGAGGAGUUGGCCGGGCUCAAGGAGAUGUUCAAGACCAUGGACACGGACGGCAGCGGUGCCAUCACGUUCGAGGAGCUCAGGGAGGGGCUACGCCGUUACGGGUCCACCGAGCUCAGGGACUCAGAGGUGCGGGACCUGAUGGAGGCCGCCGACGUGGACCGCAGCGGCACCAUCGAUUACGACGAGUUCAUCGCCGCGACCGUGCACAUGAACAAGCUGGACCGUGAGGAGCACCUCAUGGCGGCCUUCUCCUACUUCGACAAGGACGGCAGCGGGUACAUCACCGUCGAUGAGCUGGAGGUGGCGUGUCGCGAGCACAACAUGGCCGACGUCGGCAUCGACGACAUCAUCAGGGAGGUCGACCAGGACAACGAUGGUCGGAUCGACUACGGGGAGUUCGUGGCCAUGAUGAAGAAGGGGAUCAUCGGCAAUGGCAGGCUUACCAUGAGGCACACCUCCGACGGCAGCAUCCUCCAUGGAGCAGGCAGCGGCCUCAGCAGCUAGCCAGCUAACAAGCAUAGCUCCACCAGCCAUCCAUUGAUCAAUCGAUCGCCAUGGUUGUGCCAACUACAUUGUAUUUGAAUUUAAUAGAAGAUGAGCAAGAAGAAGAGAACGAUGAUGAAGAACAAACUUAUAAUAUAUACAAGCUCGACACACAUGUGAUUCGAUUCAUUUACCGUGGAUUUGAAGACCGAGUAGUGGUAUCGACCGAUCGUUGGUUCUAGUGUACUACUUGUACUUAACUAGCAGAGUGGCCCAGGCAUUUGCGCGGGCAUUGUUCUUGGAAAUGGAUUAAGCAUAGUGGAUAUUGUUAAAACCUUUGUUUGUUAUAAUCAUGUGUUUUA